CGUAAAUGUCAAGUUGAUAGGCGCUAAAAUAUAAACGUCAACGCUCAAAACCUUUGUAUGUAUUCGUAUAUGUCACAAUUUCUACGUGAAAUGAUUUUUCUCAACAAAAAGAAUAAUUAAUUUGAUAAAACAAAAGCCGGUUGAAUAUUUUGGAAUAUAAAUUUUGAUAAAACUCAUAAACCGCAUUCUGCUGUUUACCGCUAAAGUCAGUGCUUAUUGAUUACUGCUUUUUUUUGUUGGAAAGUUGUGAACAUUUGGUUCAACGAGUAUGAGUCUGGACGACUAUAAAUUAAGUGCAGAGCUGCUGGGCCACUCAUUGGAUGUCCGAGCAGUUGCAGCGGCCGAUACUUAUAUUCUCUCUGGUUCACGCGAUAAAACCGCUAAAAUUUGGGAAUAUAAUGGAACUGCAUACACCGAACGACUUACGUUGACCAACCACAAAAAUUUUGUGAGCAGUGUGUGUGUUUUAGAUGGAGGCGAAUGGAUUUGUACGGGGAGCAAUGAUGCUACAAUUUGUGUUUAUGUUGCCGGUAAUGUAGAACCUUUCACCACUCUUAGAGGACACACUUCAACAGUCAGCACAAUGGCGCCCGGCACUGAGAGUGGAAUGCUGUUGAGCGGCAGCUGGGACAAAACAGCUAUUAUAUGGAAAAUUGCUGGUUUUGGAGAAACCCAACCAAUCAAGUUGGAGGGUCAUGAGGCAGCAGUAUGGUCAGUUUGUGCUUUAAAAUCAGGAAAAAUUGUAACUGGUUCAGCAGACAAAAGUAUCAUUUAUUGGACCAGCAGUGGUGAGAAGCUCAAAGUACUGAAAGGUCACAAAGAUUGCGUGCGGGCUCUGUUGAGUUUGCCGAAUGAUUCAAUAAUUAGUGCCUCCAAUGAUGCGGUCAUUAAAUUUUGGAAUGAGGAUGGAGAAUGUGUCAAAGAGCUGAUGGGACACACAAAUUAUAUAUAUACUAUGGCAUUCAACUAUCAAUUAGGUGAAAAUAUUAUCGUAUCUGGUGGUGAAGACAGUACAUUGCGUAUGUGGAAUUUCGAUGGUGAGCUUGGCAAGCCAAUUACCUUGCCUGCUCAAUCCGUCUGGUCCGUGGCAUGCUUGAAAAAUGGUGAUAUAGUGGCAGGCACAAGUGAUGGUGUUGUUCGCAUAUUCACGAAAGAGUCAAGUCGCUACGCAGAUGAACAGACAUUGGCACAAUUUUCCGCAGCAGUCGAUACUCGUAUUCGUGAAUCAAAUCUCCAAUUGGGAGGAGUAAAAGUCAAUGAGUUGCCAGGACCGGAAGCGUUGUUGCAAAAAGGACGGGACGAUCAAACAAAAAUGAUUCGUCAUCCCGAUGGAAAAGUCAUUUGUUAUCAGUGGUCAAACGGCAAAUGGAAUUCAAUGGGUGAUGUUGUUGGUGCGGUGGACAACGAUCGUGGUAUACAAGAAUCAUCGGGUAAAACUCUAUUUGAGGGAAAGGAGUACGAUUUUGUAUUCAGUGUCGACAUAUCCGAUGGGGUACCACCAUUGAAGCUGCCAUACAACCGGGGGGAUGACCCAUGGAUGGCAGCUCAAAACUUUAUUCAUGAGAAUGAAUUACCACAAGCAUACCUCGAUCAGGUGGCAAAUUUCAUUGUAACCAAUUCUGGUAAUGCUCCCGUUAUAGAAAAUGCGUCAAGCGGUUUUGAAGAUCCUUUUACGGGCGGUGGACGUUAUAUCCCAGGUUCAGGUUCUGAUUUCAAUUCGAGCGCUGGAAAUGUCGAUCCAUUCACCGGAGCAUCGAGUUAUUCCACUCAACAGCCAUCCGUUCCGGUUAAUUUCGUUCCAAAAUCCUCUUCUGGACCAACAUCAUCUUCUUCAAAGUCACCUUCUUCUAAGCAUUUCCCAUACAAUCAAUACACUACAAUUGUUACAUGCGAUCCCGCUAAAGUUUUAUCCAAGCUACGGGAAUUCAACAAUAGCCUUGUGGAUGAUACAUUGAAAGUUACUGAAACAGAAUUGGAACAUGUAAUAAAACUUGCCUCUGGUGAUUAUUCAUCCAUUGAAUCAAUCGACGCAAUGAAAAAACUUCUUUCGUGGCCAAUAGAAAACCUCUUUCCCGUUUUGGAUGUGCUACGUUUGGCAGUCUGCGAUUCAAAUGUUUGUUCAAAGUUGAUAACACAAGAUGUUCUAAAUCUCAUCAUUCAAAAUAUCAGCGUACCACCAGCUAAUCAAUUAAUGUCGAUUCGCAUAUUAUUGAAUAUGCUUGGCCAUGGAUAUGGCCGUGGUCUCAUUGAAACUUGUUUGGCUAAUGUAUUGGUAGCGAUCAGUACAACGAAGAAGGGCAGUGCUAAUUUGCAAAUAGCUAUUGCAACACUUUUGCUCAACUUGACUGUUGUUCAACUUGGCUAUGCGGACGAGACACAAUGCCAACAUAUAACCGAAUCGAUUAUUGACUUUUUACUCUGGAAUGCUGAUCCAGAAGCUGUGUAUCGCAGUUAUCGUGCAGUUGGCAACCUCUUAAAUACACCUCAUGCACCAACAGUAAGUGCACAACUGAUAUCUACUGAUUCCGUAAUGGAUGCAAUUCGUAACAAUAUGAGUGUGCAACAGCAAUAUGGAUUUGAACAAAUCAAUGAAAUUGCUCGUGAUGUCGUAAAUGCACUGUGAAAAAAAUAAUCAAACAUUUCAUACCCAUUGUCAAAUUUAAAAAAAAAUAUCUAUUCGAAAACAUUUAAAUAAAAAUUAUCACAUUUCAA